GAUAGUUGAGGAUUCAGGAACCACCUUAUGGUUCCCAGGCGGCCUCUUCCCAGCUUCGUGUGCCAUGGAUGUGACCAACUUCCCAUUUGAUGAACAGAAGUGCACACUGACGUUCCUCAGCAUGUCCUACAACGACCAGCAACUGAAAUUUGUCCCCCUGAGGAAGAAAGUAGACGUGAACUCCCUGACGUCUCACGGGGAGUGGAACAUCGUCGACGCUAGCGUGGACACUGAAAAUUCACCUCAAGUAACAAACGUCUCUGCUAUAGUUAUUACCUAUAGACUACAGAGACGCCAUGUGUUCUUACUGCUGAACACUGUUCUACCCAUCGUAUUUCUCUCUCUUCUCAACAUCAUGGUCUUCCUCAUACCAGAGGAGUCUGGAGAGAAAAUCAGUUUCGGCAUCACCGUGCUUCUGGCUCUGGCGCUGUCCAUGAGUAUGGCGAGCUCUAUGCUGCCCCGUGACUCAACCUCCGUGUCUCUCCUCAUUAUCUACAUCUUCGUCCUCCUCAUCAUCUCCCUCCUGACCGUCGUCCUCAGCAUUGUUGUCGUUCUCUUUUAUCAUCUAGACGAGAGGUACGCAAACAGCAUUCAGGAGGAAGAGAGGAGUUUUUUCAUGGGUUUCUUCUGUCAAGCACUUGCCAAAAAGGUGAAAUCUCCCGUCACCUCGAACCAAGAGAAACUCGAACAACCAGAACAAAUUCAAGGAAAGAGAAUGAGCAAGAUCCUGGAUACGGACAGUCUUAAUGAUGCUGAGCGUGAAGUCGGAACCAAGUACAGGAGCAUAGGAAGAAUCAUUAACAACGUCUCUUUCGUCGUCUUUUUGUGUGUCUGGUUCUUACUCACUUCAUUCAUUUUUCUCAAGCUCACAGUUAGAAUAUAGAUCGUGAGCUGGGUGUUAUCACGGACCUACACUAGAGGGCUAUCGUGGUCUAGAGAUUACGGUGUUCGCCUCUCAUUCAAUGUAAUAGGUGUUGGGUUCUAAACCUGACAGUGAUAGAAAAAUUUCUUCUCUGAAAUGUUCUUCGUUCACCCCCUUUCCUACAUCUCAUGCCACGUGCUUACAAAGCGGCGCUCCUAUCCAUAAUUUAGCCGUGAACAGUGGCUAACCGUUACAUUGUUGACUAGGGACUAAUUUGAAUAUGAUUAUAGAUAAACGCUUCAUGGACUACCAUUAUGAAAAAUAAGGAAAAAAACCACAGGCAGUUUCCUGUCAUAUAAGUGUCAAAUGACACGUUCAAAAGAUUAUUAUCUUGGAAACAGAUGGGUGUAAUGCUCUUUCUUUCAUGUGACAGAACUUGUAUAUGUCGUCUUUUACAUCAGUAUCUUAUUCAUGAAUGGAUUUAAUGCUCUGUCUAACAGUACCUUUUUGAAAUUUUAUGAUUUCAAGAUCAUUGUUUUGUAAGCAGAUGGGGUUACUGCUGCUUUUUCAUGUAACAGGACCUUUAUAUUUAAUCUUUUACAUCCUUGUCUCAUUCUGGAAUUUAUUCAACUCUCGUUCUAACAAUACAUUUUUAUUUCAUGUUUUAAACCCAUAUAUUCUCAUGAAUAAAUUGAUUUAACGCUCGUUCAAACAGCUCCUUUUAUUUUCAUGUUUUCAAACUUGGCUCUGUAGUUCAAAGAUUGCCCUUUUGCUUAAUAACAUGCACCUGUAGCAUUACCCGUUUGCUCAAUGUGUUGUUCGGACUGUUUCUCCAAAGUCUUCAUCAUCUGAGAAUAAAUAAAUUUUGAAUCCAUGAUUCAAAACUAUAAAAGUUAUUAUAAUGUAAUGUAAAUGGUCCUUUUUAUUUUCUAAGAUGUACCUUUUCACCGUAAAAUUUUGAAGUACAUGUAUUUAAUAUUCUGAUCAUUGACUAAAACCAAGCCUUGCUGUGAACUGGUGUGUUGUGAAUGCACCCAACUUGUGUUUCUCGCGUCCACAUAUCCUAAUGAUGUUCUGAGCGCCGUAAAAUUCAAACUUAACUAAAGUAAAGUAUUGAAUGGAUAGAGUAUUCCUCAAGCAAUUAUAUGACAGUACAUUUGUUAUUUGAAAACGCUGUUAUCGAUGCUUGCUCAAAAUUCAAAAAUGUUCUGUCGGGAAAAAAAAAGAUGAAAUGAUAUAGGUUUAACGCCUCUAUCAACAUUAUUAGGUUAUUUGACUGGCGGGACCUCCAAGUUCAACGUAUAUCUCAGAAACGACCAAUCCAAAUGGGAAAUUCGCAUAAAGUGCCUGUCCCAAGGACACAACGUUGGCCGAGCUCAGGCUCAAAACCACCGAACCUAUACACAACCUCACGAUUGCGAGUCCGGUAGCCUACCCACAAGGGUACCGACGCCUCUUUAUCAAAACAUAAAGCCAUGAAAAGUAUACAUAUUGCGGUAUCAAAAAAAGAAAGAGAACUGAAGGACAUGGAUUUUAAGUGGUUGUCUUCUAAUUAGCACACUCCACACGAUAAAGUGAAUACAUGUCUGGUCUGGACUCAUAGUUAUAUGAAUCUAUCAUCAUCAUCCUCCAGUGCCAGAUCUGCGGCAGACAUCGGCGACCAUGGUUCUCCAUUCAUUCCUUUGCUCCGAUGCUUUAAAAAAAGCUACGUUUCCCUGAUCGUUCCCUGUAACCCAUUUGCUUAAGUUCCCUUAGUAUGAAUCUUUCAGGACGGGAAUGAAAGUUUUGGAGCAGUUCUAUGACUGAAAAACUGAGUCUACGGUUAAAUAGAUCAAAGGAUAGAACGGUUUUUAUUGCGCUUUAGAUUUUGGGUCUGAACUUUUCUUUGGGUUUAUGGCGUGGAGCUGGUGGGGGUCAUUAAAUUUUUCAGUUUGUCUGAAGUGCUUGUUUACUAAAUUUGGUAUUCUCAUUUCUUACUUCAUUUUUUUAUCUGGUGAUACAUCCAUCUCUCUAGGAGGGGGUUGCAAGGAGGAGGGGGGGGGUGCUUCAUUUUCUGUAUUUUUUGUUUGUUUAUUUGCUUUUUAUAUUAUCUAUUCAUCCUUGUGUAGGCUAACUUAGGCUUACUUUUUUUUUCCUUAGGCGUCGAUAAGUUCGAAACUACCCUCUCUGUACCCAAUAUGAGUAAAAUGCAUACAUGCAUGUCUACAACAUUAGAUACACUAAUAGGCUACUAAUAUAUAAUUACUACGCAUUGCUAUAUGGGUAGAUUAAUGCAAUGGAGUCUUUGCUUCCGCACUGUUUUGUGCAAAAUUCUCACGACAAUCGUCACUUACAUUUUGUGCGCUACAUGUAAGCUCAAAAUAAAGUUUGCUGUACCAGUU